UGCCGCGCACACUUCUCUCGAAUCUCGAACGUAAACCAGUCUACGUUUCGUGCGCAGCUACGUCGCUGGUGUAAACAAUAUCUGUGUUCGUUAUUCAAGUGAAGCGAAAAUGGCUAUUAGCAGAUUAUCUAUUAUUAAAUUUUUGGAACUGGCAUUGACGUGUUCCUGCGUCGCGCUGCACUACCACAGCUACAAUGCCGACGCGGACGUCGGCAUGCUGGUCACCGGUACCUUCAUCGGCUACCUCAUCAUAUUUGCUGGCGCUGCUGCCGGUUACGUGAUGCAGACCCAGGCUCACAAACGCAUCGAUAUUUUCUACUCGCUCGUGGGUGUUGCUCUGUUCGUCGCUAGCGGGGCUCUGUUGAUUGACAGAUUCCAGAACUAUUCCAAGUCCGAAUUCAGGGACAAGAAUUUGGCAAAGGCUUCGCUUUCAAUUAUCAACGGAGCCAUUUUGCUGAUUGAUGCCGUGCUGACCCAGCGUGGAGGCUAAAGCGUGCUCUUUUAAUUAUUACCAAUUUAUCUAUAAAGAGUCUCUAAAACAUUUAACAAGUAUUUUGUCAUUAUUAAGAAUGGAUCUUAAAACUCUACAAUGAAUAAUUAUUAUUCUUAAUUGCAUAUAAGCUCAUAUAUGCACUUCGAUAUUUAUUGAUGUAAACGCUUUACAUGUUCGUGUUUAAAUAUAAGAUUCAUCGGUAAACAUCAACUUGUCAAAAUGUUCUGUAAAAAAUUAUGUGCCUUGAGAUCAUUCCAUUGAUAAAAACUACAGUUUAAAAAAUCUUCAAUAAUGAACAAGCUUUAAGAAAUAAGCGAGAAUUACAAUUUCGUCCAUAGAUAGAAAUUAAGGAUUUAUAUUUUUUGUAUGACUGUAUUUAAAACUUAUACUUAGGAUAUAUUAUGGGUGUGCUGUUAUUUGUUUAUUUAUAAACUGAAUAUCUUGUAAUAAUAAAAAAUACUACAACUAGUCUUCCAUGUACAAAAUGAUACGCAAACUAAAAUACCACUAUUCCGUUAUUUAUACAGUGUAGAAUACAGAGAAUUGUUUUUGUUAUGCUAAUAUAAAUAAGUAUUUAAGGUGAACUUUGUCUUGAAAAAACGGAAAAUCUUCAAAUAUCAAAUUAAAUAGACCAAUAAUGAACAUUGAAAGGAACUUUUAAAAGCCAAUCUAUUCUAAGUACUCACUAGUUUUUGAUAUUUUUUCUUGCAUUUUCAUGUAACCACCAAUGUUUUUUUA